ACCUCCUAACUGAGAAAUUUCAUCGAGCAAUAUGGAGAAAUCGCGGCCGACGAAGAAGAGCUUGAUCGGCUCUCUGAUGGAGGCGGCGAGCACGACCCUUGGCCGCUCAUCUUCCUUCAAAGAGGAUUCUUAUCUCAUUAGCCAUCUUAAGACAGGAGAGCUUAAAGCCCUCAUAGAUCUCAAAAAACGGCUUUCGUCUUCCUUUCCAUCGGCUACGAUGUGGGGGAUCCCUCUUGUAGGCGGGGAUGAACGCGCAGAUGUGGUGCUUCAAAAGUUCUUGCGCGCGAGGGAUUUCAGUGCGUCGCUGGCACACGCGAUGCUGCUGCGGUGCUUAGAAUGGAGGGCGGAGUUUGCCGCUGAUGGGGUGGUGGAGGAGAAGCUGGGCUUCGAGGAGCUUGAAGGAGUUGUGGCUUACAUGCACGGAUGGGACCGUGCAGGGCAUCCUGUUUGCUACAAUGGCUAUGGUGUCUUCAAAGACAGAGCGAAGUAUGAUCGCGUUUUCGGCGACGGCGAGAAGCUAAAGCGCUUCCUCCGUUGGCGGGUUCAAGUCAUGGAGCGCGGCGUGCGGCUUCUCCAGCUUAAGCCCGGCGGCAUCAACUCCAUCAUUCAGGUCACCGAUAUGAAAGAUUUUCCCAGGCGCGAGCUCCGCGAGCUGUCGAACCAGAUCCUUCCCCUGUUUCAGAACAACUACCCUGAAAUGGUCGCCAUCAAGGUGUUUAUAAACGUCCCAUGGUACUUCAGCAUGAUUUACUCUAUGAUCAGCCCAUUUCUGACGGAGAGAACCAAGAGCAAAUUCGUCAUCGUCAGGAACGGCAAUGUAGCCGAAACUCUCUACAGGUUUAUCCGGCCGGAGCUCCUGCCAGUUCAAUACGGAGGGUUUAGCAGGCCGGGCGAUCUCAAGAACGGUCCACCCAAGCCAGCAACCGAAUUCACCAUUAAAGGAGGAGAGAAGGUUAACCUAGAAAUCGACCGCAUCGAGGCGGGAGCGACGAUAACGUGGGACAUAGUGGUGGUCGGCUGGGAAGUGUAUUACUCGGCGGAGUUCGUGCCGAGCGCGAAGGGAAGCUUCAAAGUCACGGUGGAGAAAGCACGGCGGAUUUCGCCGGCGGCGGAGGCGCCAGUCCAUGGCUUGUUCACGUCGAGAGAAGCCGGCAAGGUGGUGUUAUCCGUCGAUAACACUGGUUCUCGGCGACGGAAAGUUGCGGCUUACCGUUACUUUAUUAGUAAGCCUUCCGUUUAGUUCUUAGCUUCAGGUAAUUAGGAUGAUAACAUAAUUAGGGAAUGAUCGGAUAUUUGUUUUUCUUCGUUAUUCGUAUCGUAGUUACUAUUUGUUUAUUGUUUGGUAAAAAUGGAUCUUU